GCGGCGGCGGCCGCGGCUCCCGGGGCGGUCGCAGGCCGGGGCCGAUCGGGGCAGGUCGCGGCGGCGGCUGGUGGCCAUGGAGCGGGGCGCGGAGUCGGCGACCGUCAGGCGGCACCGCGGCGGGAGCGAGCGGCGGGACGGGCCGGCGGCCGCGCGGCCGUCGCAGCGGGCGGCCCUGCAGCCGGAGCCCCCGGGGGACGCGCCCGGCGGCGGCCGCGAGAGGACGCGGAAGCGGAGCGCCGGGGGCCCGCGCGGACUGUCCGAGGCGCGCGCCGCGCUGCUGCUGGCGCUCUACCUGCUGGCGCUGCGCGCGCUCGUGCAGCUCUCCCUGCGGCAGCUGGUGCUGCGCGGCCCCGCCGGCCGCCCCGGGGACUUCGACGCGCGCCGAGCCAGGGAUUAUCUUGAACACAUAACAGCGAUUGGUCCCAGGACUACAGGAAGUCCAGAAAAUGAAAUUCUGACAGUCCAUUACCUUUUGGAACAGAUUAAACUGAUUGAAAUUCAAAGCAGCCAUCUGCACAAGAUUUCCGUCGAUGUACAGCGGCCCACGGGCUCCUUCAGCAUUGACUUCUUGGGAGGUUUUACGAGCUACUAUGACAACAUCACCAAUGUGGUGGUGAAGUUGGAGCCCAGAGCUGGAGCUCAGCAUGCCAUCCUGGCCAACUGCCAUUUCGACUCAGUGGCAAACUCACCAGGUGCCAGUGACGAUGCAGUCAGCUGUUCAGUGAUGCUGGAAAUCCUUCGCGUCUUGGCGACGUCUCCAGAAGCCUUACAGCAUGCUGUCAUAUUUCUCUUCAAUGGUGCCGAGGAAAAUGUCUUGCAAGCCAGUCAUGGUUUCAUUACUCAGCACCCUUGGGCCAACUCAGUCCGUGCAUUUAUUAACUUGGAGGCAGCAGGUGUUGGAGGAAAAGAACUCGUGUUUCAAACAGGUCCCGAGAAUCCGUGGUUGGUUCAGGCCUAUGUUUCAGCAGCAAAGCAUCCGUUUGCUUCUGUGGUGGCUCAGGAGGUUUUUCAGAGUGGAAUCAUUCCUUCAGAUACUGACUUCCGUAUCUACAGAGAUUUUGGGAACAUUCCAGGAAUAGACUUGGCUUUUAUUGAGAAUGGAUACAUUUAUCACACCAAGUAUGACACAGCGGACAGAAUUCUAACAGGUUCUAUUCAGAGAGCAGGUGACAACAUUUUAGCAGUUCUUAAAUACCUCGCUACCUCUGAUGUGGUGGCUGCUUCUUCAGAGUAUCAGCAUGGAAACGUCGUCUUCUUUGACGUGCUUGGCCUUUUUGUUGUCGCCUACCCGUCUCGGAUGGGCUCCAUCAUUAACUGCAUGGUGGUAAUGGCUGUUGUUUUGUACCUGGGCAGAAAAAUGUUGCAGCCCAAACGUAAGACUGCUAACUACACAAAGGACUUCUUCUGUGGACUUGGCAUCACCUUGAUAAGCUGGUUUACUAGCCUGGUUACCGUUCUCAUUAUAGCAGUGUUCAUCUCGCUCAUUGGACAGUCACUGUCAUGGUAUAACCACUUCUAUGUCUCCGUAUGUCUGUAUGGAACAGCAGCUAUAGCCAAAAUAAUACUUAUACAUACUCUUGCCAAAAGAUUUUAUUAUGUGAAUGCCAGUGACCAGUAUCUGGGAGAACUGUUUUUUGACAUCUUGCUGUUUGUGCAUUGUGGUUUCCUUGUAGCUUUCACUUACCGUGGACUUUGCUCAGCAUUUAUUAACGCUGUCUGGGUGGCAUUUCCAUUGCUCACAAAGCUUUGCGUGCACAAGGACUUUAAGCAGCAUGGUGCCGGAGGAAAAUUCAUUGCCUUUUAUCUUUUGGGGAUGUUUGUUCCUUAUCUUUAUGCAUUGUACCUCAUCUGGGCAGUGUUUGAGAUGUUUACCCCUAUCCUUGGAAGAAGCGGUUCGGAAAUCCCACCUGAUGUCGUCCUGGCUUCCAUUUUGGCUGGUUGUACAAUGAUUCUCUCUUCCUAUUUUAUUAACUUCAUCUACCUUGUCAAAAGCACAAGAAAAACGUUGUUGACUUUAGCUGGAGUGUGUGCAGUUACAUUCCUCCUCGUUUGCAGUGGAACUUUUUUCCCAUACAGUUCCAACCCUGACAGUCCAAAGCCAAAGAGAGUGUUUCUACAGCAUACGACGAGAACUUUUCAUGGCUUAGAUGGAAAUGUAGUUAAGCGGGACUCUGGAAUAUGGAUAAAUGGAUUCGAUUACACUGGUAUGUCUCACAUAACACCCUACAUUCCUGAGAUCAAUGAUACCAUCCGAACCAACUGUGAGGAAAAUGCACCCUUUUGUGGCUUCCCAUGGUACCUUCCAGUGCACUUUCUGAACAGAAAAAGCUGGUAUCUUCCUGCCCCAGAAGUCUCUCCAAGUGAUCCUGCACAUUUCAGACUCGUAUCCAAAGAACAGACACCCUGGGAUUCUGUAAAACUGACAUUUGAAGCAAAAGGACCAACACAUAUGUCAUUCUAUGUCCGAACUCACAAAGGGUCAACGCUCUCUCAGUGGUCUCUUGGCAAUGGGACUCCAGUCACAAGUAAAGGAGGGGACUACUUUGUAUUUUACUCCCAUGGACUUCAGGCCUCUGCCUGGCAAUUCUGGAUAGAAGUACAGGUCUCGGAAGAACAACCUGAAGGAAUGGUCACUGUGGCCACUGCUGCCCACUACCUUUCUGGGGAAGAAAAGAGGUCCUUCCAGCUGGAUGCUCUGAAAGAGAAGUUCCCAGAUUGGACAUUUCCUUCUGCCUGGGUGUGCACCUACAAUCUCUUUGUUUUUUAAUCUUGUAGAUGAACUCCUAAGACAACGAUCCAGUGGGAUAGUCUGUGUGACAUAGUUUUGUCCUUUGUUACACAGAAAAAAUGCAAGUCAGUGAGUUUUUAAUGAGUAUGAGUUCAGAGUUUUGUGUGUUACACCUUUCAAGGGCACUACAGUGGUUAUACUGUAAGUAGUGAUGCAUGGCCUUUAUGACACUUGAAAAUGCCAGUUUUCUGGUACUUAAGCACCUGUGGGUACUGCCACUACACAUUUGCAUCUUUUCUAUGAUCCUAAGGAUAAAAGCCAACAAACCACUUUAAUUACUCCUUUAGGGUCAUGAAAGAUGUAGAAGGUAAGACAGAUAACAUUUCUCAGUGAAGUCCUACACCAUUUUGUGUGAAUAAAUGGUGGAGACCUAACUCUGUUGGUCUCUGAAAGCAAAUGCAAGGGCUGGGGAACACCCAUGGGGCUUUUGCGCCCCAGCCUGUGCCAGGAACCCUGCUCUUUCAGGCCUCUGGACCAUGCUUUCUCCUCGCUGCACUGACCCCCAGGGCCUCUGUUAGUGGCUCCUGUCCUGACAGGGAUGCCCUGUGAUUUAUCAUUACACUUUUACUCUUUUUUUUUUUUUUUGCUUUUGGGUUACACCUGGCAAUGCUCGGGGGUUACUCCUGGCUCAGCACUCAGGAAUUACUCCUGGUGGUGCUCAGGGGACCAUUUGGGGUACUGGGUAUGGAACCCAGGUUGGCUAUGUACAAGGCAAAUGCCAUACCCGCUGUACUUUCGCUCUGGCCCCUUUCUGAUCCUUUUGUUGCCUGGUUUCCUGUUAAAACUCUGAUUCCUCUCUGCACCACAUCAUUUUGGGAAGAGGAGCAUUUAUUCAGCUACUUUCUGUAUUUUUUGACUCUUACCUUUCUUCUUUGAAGCACUGAGUUGUCAUGGUGACUAAUCUGAGUAGGAGAGUGGGGAGGAGGCUAGAAAUUUUCCAAAUAUUCUGUUUAGAAGGAUUCACCUGCUAACCAAGGUUAGCGCUUAAUUCUGUUUAUGCACUGGGUCUGUACUUUUCAAUUGUCUUUUGUCCAAUUGAACAGAUUAGUUUCUUAUUGUCCAGUGGACUUGGUUUUCCUGAGACAUCAGGUAGUUGGCACUGGAGAGAAACCUCUCUACAUGUAAAUGUGGUGUUCAGAUCAUGUCUAAUGGAAGCCUUGGGACUGAAAGGUGCUUUUCACUUUGAUGAAGAUGGGCAUGUAGCUUGCAAGGCAUAUCACAGUGGUGCCUCUCAUGAUUUAGUGGGUCCAGCAGCAACAGAAGGGUUUAGUGAGAUCAGUGCUAAGUUCUGCUAGAUUCCAUUCCCCCCCGCCCCCCCUCCCCGGAAGUGGAAAAAUGCCUAGGCCAAGAAAUGUUUUAAAAGCCAUAACAAAACAAUAGUGGCAUCACAUCCAAGCCUAGUAUAUGCUGCUGGAGGAAACUCUUAAGGCUACUUGUACAAUAUGCUUUUCUUAACCACACUACUAUGGCUUGACUAAGUUGUAAUUGCUGAAAAAAUUUUGACUGGGUCCACACUGACAGGGGUGUAGUCAGACCUAAAAGACUUAUAUCGUGCAGAUGCUGAACCUGUAGCUACUCUUGUCCUUGGAUUUUGUAGAAACCAUGCUUAAACAGUCUCUGAUGUUCUAAGUGUACAGCUGUCAAGUAUUUCUGCCAGGCAGAAAUGUUUGCAUGUUUGCAGUGGUCAUUGCUCAUAUAAUCACAGUUGUGGAGAAAAUGAAAGAGUAAUAUCUCAAUGAAUUUGAAAAUGUGGAUAUAUAUAUUUUUUUGUCCCUGUGGUUAUUUUGAUAUAGAGCACUAGGAAUUGUAGAGAAGGAAAAAAUUAAAAAAAAAAAAACACCUGUAGUGAGAAAGUCACUAAGGAAAACAAAUUGUUCCUCUGAUUUUCUUCCUUUAGGAAGGAUGUUGCUACCCUUUUUCAGAAAUAAUCAUGAUUUUUCUCUUUGCCUUUGGGUUAUUUUCCUAUUUAAACAAUUUUCUUUUGGUUUUCUUUAGCAUUAUGAAGUUUCAAGAUUGUAUGAGGUCAGUAGCGAGAAAAAUGUUUACUAGUCUCAGGGCAUGCUUAAUAUUCUGGGGGAUUGUUUUAUGUUUAGAAAUGGUUAAGUAAUUAUACACAAGUUAAUGACUGUUAAUAAUAAGCACACUGGCAAGCAGAUCAGUAGCCUCUGAAAUUAAAGGACUUUUUUUCCCCCUAAAAUGCAUUAUUUUCUACAGAAUUUAAAUGUAAGCAGCACAGAACUGAACAUUCAGGUAAAGAAAGAAUUAUGGUUUUUGAAGAAAUUCUGUAAAAAAGUCACUUUUGAGUCUGACCUAAGAGCUAUUGUAUUAAGAUGUAAAUAAGCAUGAUAGGAUUCUAAAAUGUUACAACUGGGCUGGGGGUGGGGCAUAAACCGAGCUUUUUGACUCAGGAAAUGUAGAAAGAAAUGAUCGUGUCCAUCCUUGGGUUCAUUGGUUUGCUGAUUUGCUGAGGACUAAUUGUUGCCUUACAAUGUUAUUAAAAUAAAAUUUUUAACCUACUAGUAUUGAGGUGUCUUUAAUAAAUCUUUGUUAAUGUUCUAUUGUAUACCCACAUUUGAAGAA